AUGCCAAAGAGAAGAGCAGUCUUUGACACUCCCGAACAGCUCCACAUUCCAUUCGACCAGGGUGUUCAAGCCCCUGGCACUAAUUCUGAUAAUUCUGAUUCAGGAAGUGAUGAAGAUGAUCUACCAGAAAGAAGAAACAGUGAAAGACCACCAAUUCAAAAGGCUAUUGAUUACUUUAUCUCGUACAGAUAUCUAGAAGGUGUCAGAGCACUGUCGAAAGUUUCACCUAAUGCAAGAAAGGCACUGAUAGUGGAAGUGACAGAGAUGAUAAAAAACGAGAUAAAAGUCAAGCCAAAGAUCAAGUCAUUUCAGCAGCAAGUUAACCACUCUACAGUUUCAUCAUUUUCCUGGGAAAAAGCGAUGGAGGCUCAGCAGAGCUUGCCAGCCACAGUCAGUUGUAUCUGGGCUAUGCUACCACUUAACGGAGAAAACAAGAAGUAUGCUGGCCAAAUGCUGAACAUUGCCCUCUACACCAAAUGCCGAUCUUACAAGUUUGUGCAAUCGUGUGUUGGUAUUGAACUAUGGAAGCAACGCGUGAGCCACAAGGUUUUCAAGACAUUGAACCACAUGGGGAUUUCUCAAAGUGUUGGCGCAGCAAGACACAAUGUCGACAUCAUUGGAAAACAACAUGACAAAGAGCUUUGGAACUGGAAAAAGUCACUGGAAAAAAGACAAGCCGAGUCUCCCACUACUGAUUAUGGCUUCUGUUGUGAUAAUUUCCAGAUUGGCACGGAAGGAAAAAGCCAAAGGACAGGCCACUCCAACACAUUCGUCUUAGAAGCAAUGUGUUUUGCGGUGAAAGAUCGUGUCAUGGAGGAAGCAACCAAGGUGCAAGUGCCAGCUGCCAAAUUAGAUCCCUAUACAUUUCUUCCUUCACCUGAUGUCUUUGAGCGUCAAAGAUCAAGGGCAAUAUUCUUGGUUAAGCACCUCAUCACGAAGCACCUGACAAAACUACAACAUCUGAAGAAGGAAAUUCCAUCUAGAAUUCUUCAUAGUCACACUAAAGAAAUGGAUGAGAAAUCUCAAUGUGUUACUCUUGGUGCUGUUGAUGCUGACCCAGGUUCCACACAGGGUAUGAUUACAGUGAUGGAACACUUGCAGAAAUAUGUGCCUGUUGUUGAAGAUCAGCAGACCCCAUGCUUAGCCAGGGGCGUUGUAGGGAGUGAAAGUUAUAUACUGUACGUAGAUCACUCCCCACUAACGCCAGGAAUCACCGUACAUGCCUUUGCGAAUCGGACAGGAUUACCCAUGGUGAACCUAGACCUAAAUCACCAAUUUUAGUUAUAGUUUUUCGCCCAAAGUCAUGUACAUGGGCAAGUUUUAU